AGGCAAGGGUUUGCGCCCUGGAAGCGCUGGAUCUAGGUGGAGCGCGCUCGAGCUGAGAUUCGGGCGCCCUAGGUCAGUUCUCUAGCUGCGGGAGUGCGCAGAUCGAAGCCGCGCUAGAUCGAAGAUGCUGACGAAAUUCGAGACCAAGAGCAAUCGCGUCAAGGGGUUGAGCUUCCAUCCCCGGCGGCCAUGGAUCUUGGCUAGUCUCCACAGCGGCGUCAUCCAGCUAUGGGAUUACCGGAUGGGAUCGCUGAUAGAUCGCUUCGACGAGCACGAUGGGCCGGUUCGCGGCGUCCACUUCCACAGAUCUCAGCCUCUUUUCGUCUCGGGAGGUGAUGACUACAAGAUCAAGGUGUGGAACUACAAGACGAGGAGAUGCCUGUUCACGCUGCUGGGCCAUUUGGAUUACAUCCGGACAGUCCAGUUCCAUCAAGAAUAUCCUUGGAUCGUGAGCGCCAGCGACGAUCAGACUAUCAGGAUCUGGAACUGGCAGUCCCGGACGUGUAUCUCCGUGCUCACAGGCCACAAUCACUACGUGAUGUGUGCCUCGUUCCACGUCAAGGAGGAUCUCGUGGUUUCGGCGUCGCUGGAUCAGACUGUUCGUGUGUGGGAUAUCAGUGCUCUACGCAAGAAGACUGUUUCUCCGGCCGAGGAUCUUCUGAGGCUCACUCAGAUGAACAGCGAUCUGUUUGGUGGCGGUGAUGCGGUUGUCAAGUAUGUGCUUGAAGGCCAUGACAGGGGUGUCAACUGGGCUUCCUUCCAUCCGAGCUUGCCUCUCAUUGUCUCUGGAGCUGAUGAUCGACAAGUCAAGUUGUGGAGGAUGAAUGAUACGAAGGCUUGGGAGGUGGACACCUUACGAGGUCACGUAAACAACGUCUCCUGCGUCAUGUUCCACGCUCGCCAGGACAUUAUCGUCUCGAACUCGGAGGACAAGACCAUUCGGAUCUGGGACAUGUCGAAGCGAUCUGGCGUGCAUACUUUCAGGAGAGAGCACGACCGUUUCUGGAUUCUUUCGGGCCACCCUGAGAUGAAUCUACUCGCAGCGGGACAUGACAGCGGCAUGAUCGUGUUUAAGCUGGAAAGGGAGAGGCCGGCGUAUACAGUCAGUGGAGGGGUGCUGUACUACGUCAAAGAAAGACAUUUGAGGACUUACGAUUUUGCCACCGGGAAGGACAACCCCCUGAUCGCCAUCCGGAGGCCUGGAUCUACUGGGAUGAACCAAGCACCGAGAACUAUGUCUUACAAUCCAGCGGAGAAUGCCGUGCUCUUGUGCUCCGACGUUGACAACGGUUCUUACGAGUUGUACGUCAUAUCGAAGGACAGCAUUGGCAAGAACGAUACUCAAGAAGCAAAGAAAGGCAGUGGAUCAUCGGCUGUUUUCGUGGCCAGGAACCGGUUUGCAGUUCUAGAUAAGGCUCACAACUUGAUUGUAGUCAGGAAUCUCCGGAACGAGCUCUCGAAGAAAGUCGACGCUCCGGCACCAACAGUAGAUGCAAUCUUCUAUGCGGGAACAGGAACUCUUCUCUGUCGCUCAGAUGACAAGGUGAUCUUGUUUGACAUCCAGCAAAAGUCGAUUUUGGGAGAGAUCAACAGCCCGCAGGUGAAGUACGUGGUGUGGUCACAGGAUAUGGAGGCUGUUGCUUUAGUGAGCAAGCAUAGUAUCGUCAUGGCAACGAAGAAGCUGGCUCUUAAGUGCAGUGUUCACGAGACAAUUCGUAUCAAGAGUGCUGCAUGGGACGAAACAGGAGUGUUCAUCUAUACGACGUUGAAUCAUAUCAAGUACUGCCUUCCAAAUGGAGACAGCGGCACCAUCAUGACUCUGGACGUUCCCAUUUACAUCACUCGAGUUUCCGGCGACAAGGUUUACUGUCUCGACAGGGAUGGAAAAGUGAGGACGAUCACCAUAGACACUACAGAGUUCACGUUCAAGCUUGCAUUGAUUCAGAAGCGUUAUGACCGAGUUUUGGAGAUGAUCAGAAGCUCCCAACUUUGUGGACAGGCGAUCAUCUCGUACCUCCAGCAGAAAGGAUUUCCAGAGGUGGCCUUGCACUUUGUCAAGGAUGAGAGGACGAGGUUCAAUCUGGCUAUCGAGUGCGGCAACAUCGAAGUGGCAGUCGUGUCAGCAAAGGAAAUCGACGAGAAGGAUUACUGGUACAGGCUCGGAGUGGAGGCUUUGCGACAGGGAAACCAUGAGAUUGUGGAGUACGCUUACCAGCGGACGAAGAACUUUGAGAGGCUGUCGUUCCUCUACUUGAUAACUGGUAACUUGGAGAAGCUGUCCAAGAUGCUCAAGAUCGCAGAGAUGAGGAACGACGUGAUGGGAUGCUUCCACAACGCCUUGUACCUGGGUGACGUCGAAGAGCGAGUGAAGCUACUUGAGAAAUCGGGACACCUUCCUCUUGCCUAUGCAGCGGCUAAAGUUCAUGGUCUCGACGAGGUGGCGGAGCGUUUGGCCACUGAGCUGGGUGAUAAGCUUCCACAGAUUCCGAAACUCGAGACGUCGAAGCUGCUCCUGCCGCCGAGCCCAAUCCUCCGUGACAACAACUGGCCUUUGCUCCUGAUCAGCAAAGGCUUCUUCGAAGGCGCCUUUGCUGAGCCAGGGGUGGUAGACCAAGAAGAAGAAAACGCCCCGGAUGCUUGGGGCGACGAGCUCGUCAUACCCAGCGGAGAUGCUCAAGCUGGAGCUGGCGAGGCCGAAGACCUGGAGGAGGCCGGAAGAGCUGGUCCUGGACCCGAGGGCGAGGAGGAAGGAGGAUGGGAACUGGAAGACUUGGAACUUCCUCCGGAAGUGGUGCAGUCGCAAGCCUCGGCGCAGUCUAGCUUCUUCGCCGGAAUAACUCCGGGAGCUCCAGUCACUCAAGUCUGGACGCAGAGAUCCUCGUUGGCUGGCGACCACGUUGCUGCGGGUGCCUUCGACAGCGCAAUGCGCCUCCUGAAUCGCCAACUUGGGAUCAAGAACUUCGCUCCACUCCAGGCGGUGUUUUGCGACCUCCACCUCGCGAGCCAGAGCUCACUGGGCGGCUUCAGGCCAGUCGAGUCCCUCACGUAUGGGCUCGAGAGGAACUGGUCGGACUCGUCACCUCCCAACGUCCGAAACGGCCCGGCACUGAUCUACAAGCUCCCGGCGCUGGAAGAUCGAGCAAAGCAGGCGUACAAGGCGACGACCGAGGGGAAGUUUAGCGAAGCUCUCCGCCUCUUCCUGAGCAUCCUCCACACCGUUCCAGUGAUCGUGGUGGACAGCCGCAAGGAAGUUGACGACGUCAAGGACCUCAUCGGCAAGAGCAAGGAGUACGUCCUUGCGCUCAAGAUGGAGCUCAAGCGCAAGGAUCUCAAAGACGAGCCGGUCCGGCAGGCCGAGCUCGCGGCCUACUUCACUCACUGCGACAUUCAGCCUUCUCACAUUCGGCUGGGACUCCAGUCGGCCAUGGGGGUCGCGUAUCGCUGCAACAAUUUCAACACGGCGGCGCAGCUGGCGAGGCGAUUGCUGGACAUGAAUCCAAGCCAGGCCGGCAUCGCCAAGGCGAAGCAGGUCCUCCAGGCGUGCGAGAGGAACCCCCGCGACGAGAACAGGAUGAACUACGAUGGCAGGAACCCGUUUGUGGUGUGUGGAGCGACGUUUACGCCCAUCUACGCGGGAAGCAGAUCGGUGUCGUGCCCCUACUGCGCUGCUCGGUUCGUCCCCGAGGUGGCAGGGCAGAUUUGCAGCGUCUGUGACUUGGCGGUGGUGGACGCUGAUGCUUCCGGGCUUGUGUGCUCCGCGACUCAAUCGCGAUGAGGUGGAAGAACAUCAUGAGGACUUUGGCUUUCUUUUGUAGUACCUUCUUCAUGAAAUAAUUUAAUGAAAUACUGUACCAGAGGAUAUCAAGAAUAGUUAAUGAGUGCAAGAUUGUGCUAAUUAUUCUUCUAUAUAUUACCAUGGAGUAUUGACACUGUUA